GUCCGGUGUCUGGAGCUGCUGGCUGGGUUUGUUGAGUCGCAUUUGCCACAGGUGUGUGGUGCCAUCUCCCAGGAGCCAGUGGCUGUAAUUCCGCCCCAGUUGGUCCGAAUUGCUGGGCUGUUGCCAUCUCUGCUUAGGUUGGUGGACACACUCAAGUACCAACCUGGCUGCAGGUUGGCACAACCUGCAGGCCAUUUCCAGGAACUUUUGCCCCAGGUGUCAAAGACUGCCCCGCAAAGAUGCUGAGACAGAUACUGGCGGAGAUGUACAUCGAUCCGGACCUCUUGGCGGAGCUCAGCGAGGAGCAGAAACAGAUCCUGUUCUUCAAGAUGAGGGAGGAGCAGAUCCGACGAUGGAAAGAAAGAGAAGCAGCCAUGGAAAGAAAGGAGUCCUUGCCAGUGAAAUCCAGACCAAAGAAAGAGAAUUGCAAAUCUGUGCACUGGAGACUGGGCGCUGAUAAAGAGGUGUGGGUGUGGGUGAUGGGUGAACACCAUCUGGAUAAACCCUACGAGCUGCUCUGCAGCGAGAUUACUGCGGAGAGGGCGAGGCUGAGAGCCCAGCAGGACGCAGAGGGGCCCAGAAAAACUCAGUCUGAAGAAGUCAGCAAUAGCGUGAAAACACAAUCACAGUAUCCUGGUCUGCAAGCACUAGAUAAGUCAGAGACUCAGAACAUCUCUAAGAAAGCAGGAGGAGGGGAAUCCGGACAAGGAAUUAGACCAGUACCGACCCUGGGGGAAGAAAAAGCUCAAUCAACCACCAGUUCUUCAAGAAAUAUUCAACAAAUGUUGGCAGAUUCUAUCAAUCGUAUGAAGGCAUAUGGAUUUCAUCAGAAGAAAGAACCCUUGAAGAAAAAACCAGAUGAAGAAAUCAAACAAGUAGAAGAAGAGAAAGCCAAGCAGAUUUGUACGAGCUGGAAAGAAGAUUCGGAGUGGCAGGCAUCUUUGCGAAAAUCCAAAGCAGCGGAUGAGAAGAGACGCUCCCUGGCUAAACAAGCGAGGGAAGACUACAAGAGGUUAUCCCAGAGGGGAAGAAGCGGUGAGGGGCUGCAGAGUGGUCCCCAGAAGCCCCGGAGACCGCCCCUUCCACCCAAGCCCCAGUUCCUACCGCCAGCGGGGUGCCCACAGAAACUACCUGGGAAUUUGGGGAAUGAAAAACAAAAAUCGGACUGCUUCGAGUCAGUAGUUACUGCCAAUGCCUUCCCCACCUCCAAUACCAGGGCUGGAAUUAAGGGAAUUCUCACCCUAAAGAGAGCAAAUGAACUCCUGAGCACAGGCGUGCCGGGCAGUUUCUUGGUCCGAGUCAGCGAGAGGAUGAAGGGUUAUGCUUUAUCCCACCUGUCAGAGGAGGGCUGCAAGCAUUUCCUCAUCGAUGCCUCUGCCGACUCCUACAGCUUCCUCGGUGUGGACCAGCUGCAGCAUGCCACCCUGGCUGAUUUGGUGGAAUAUCACAAGGAGGAACCCAUCACCUCCCUGGGGAAGGAGCUCCUGCUCUAUCCCUGCGGGCAGCAGCAGGGUGAGCCACCAGAUUACCUGGAACUCUUUGAGUGACAGCCUCUGUUCAGGCCAUUCUAACCCUCCAGCUGGACAAGACACUAUGGAAACAGACAUUCGUGUAGGAAGCCAAAAUCACCCUGCAGCCAGGCUAGCACCCCUCAUGGAGCAUCCAUGGAGGCCUUGCUGAAACCUCUUUGACACAGACAUCGGGGUGUUAUCCAAGGAAAAAGGAUCUCUUCUUUAUCUGUGAAGGAUAAGGGUACCGAUGUCAGCAAUGGCCUGACACGAAGAAUACCACCUUAUUGAUGUAUGUAAGAUAAAACGAACAAAGAUACUUCUUAGAAUUGUACUUCAAAAGCAGCAGUAGCUCAUGUGAGCUGUCCACUCCCUCUCUGUCCUUUCUGAGGUCCUGUUGAAAUGAACUUCCAUCUUGUCUUCUGAAAGCUGGCAAAAAAAGUCCUUCCUGAGGGUUAACAUCAUCCUGGGUGAUCUAGAUGAUGCAUGCUAGAUGAGCCAGGAUGUAAUCGACAGAAACCAGAUGCCACGAGUGUAAAUUGAAUGGGGAGUUUGCAAAUGCAGGACUGGAGGAGAAACAUGACCUCAGAUACACAGGGGCCAUUGGGAAGUGAGCCGGCAUCUGGGAGUUUGCUUGUUUGCUUUGGGGGAGACAAGAAGAGCCCGCACUUCUUCUCUAAAGGCACAAAAAUUAAUGAGGCAAGUGCACCGAAGGGGCCAGUCAUCACUGCUGCAGAGACAGGAACAAAUAUGCUAGGUGUUCGAAUGUGACUUGGUGCAGAUGUAUGUAAGAUAAAACGAACAAAGAAGAAAGCAGACAUUUCUCAGAAUUAAGUUGUACUCAAAAGCAAUAGUCGUUCAUGCGAACAUACCUACAUUGAAGUCCUUAACCCCUGUUUGUGAAUGUGUUGGGACUUUGCAGAUGGAGCUGAGGGAAGAGGAGGAUGCACUCUGGAUUAGGGCAGGCCCCUAAAUCCCACAACUAGCAACCUUAUAAGAAGAGGGAUUUGAUAUAAAGCAGACAUGCACACACAAGGCAGUGAUGUAACUUCAAGGCAGGGCCAGGGGUUUUUGGCAGUCCCUAGAAGCCAGGAGAGGCCCAGAGCCUUUAGGAGGAAACUUGGCCCUGAGCACACCUUGAUUCAGCCUUUUAGCCCCCAGAACUGUGGUAGAAGAGAUGUCUAAGUCAUGAGUUUAGAGUAGUGUUUUCUGGUAGCUUCAGAAAGUGAAUACAGUAACUUACAAACACAUCGGUUCACUCUUUAGUAUACACUUUCACAUCCUCAUAAUGAAGUAAAUAUGGGAGAUGGGAAAACCUAACUAGUUCUUGUUUGGUGCUAGGACCAGGAAUUCCAUGCCUUAAAGUACUACUAACUGGAAAAUUCCAUGCCUUACAGGACCACUAACUGGAAAAUCCAGUCAUUUUUGGGUCCAGCACCAACUUAGAGACCACUUCAAGAUAGUGACUGAGGAAGCUCAAGCUUAGGCCUAACUCUGUCAGUAUUAUUUAUAGUGCCUUUGUGUGUGUGCGUGCACAUAUCUGUACACACACGCACACACGUGCUGGUACAGGGGUUUGAACUC